AUGGCGUCCAAGGGGGCUGGCAUGUCUUUCACUCGCAAAAGCUAUAGGCUGACUUCGGACACCGAGAAAGCCAAGGUCACAGGUAUUGUGCAUGAGAAGCUACUGAAUGACUAUCUGCACCGCAUCUUUUCCUCUCCGGAUCAUGUGUCCUCCAUAGCCACCAGCAGGAAACCUCUGAACUUCCAGAACCUGCCAGAGCAUCUCGACCAGCUGCUGCAGGUGGAUGAUGAACAUGAGGAAACCCAGGGACAAGAUGAAGGGCGGCUUGGCCCAUCCACUGUGGUCUUAGACCACACAGGUGGCUUUGAGGGGCUUCUCCUGGUUGAUGACGACCUCUUGGGGGUGAUUGGGCAUAGCAACUUUGGAACUAUCCGUUCUACCACAUGUGUAUACAAAGGAAAAUGGGUCUACGAGGUGCUCAUCUCCUCCCAAGGGCUUAUGCAGAUCGGCUGGUGCACCAUCAACUGCCGCUUCAAUCAGGAGGAGGGGGUUGGAGAUACACACAACUCCUAUGCCUACGAUGGCAACCGGGUGCGCAAAUGGAAUGUGACCACAACAAAUUAUGGCAAGGCAUGGGCAGCGGGGGACAUCGUGAGUUGCCUGAUUGACCUGGACAACGGUUCUCUGUCCUUCUGCCUGAACGGUGUGUCGCUGGGUACUGCCUUUGAGAACCUAUCCAGGGGCCUGGGCAUGGCCUACUUCCCAGCCAUCAGCCUCUCCUUCAAGGAGUCCGUAGCCUUCAACUUCGGCAGCCGCCCCCUGCGCUACCCAGUGGCAGGCUACCGACCCCUGCAGGACCCGCCACGGGCUGACCUGGUACGGGCACAGAGGUUGCUUGGCUGCUUCCGGGCGGUGCUCAGCGUGGAGCUGGACCCUGUGGAUGGACGGCUGCUGGUAAAGGAAGGUUCUGAGUGGCAGUUGCAGGGCCAGCCCACCGUCCUCCUGACGUUGGCCCACAUCUUCCAACGUUUUGCGCCCCUCCUGCGCAUGGUAUACCUGGUGGAGGCUGUGCUCAUGAGCUUCUUGCUUGGCAUCGUGGAGUCAGGCAUACUUGCAAAGACACAGGCGGUGGUACACCAGAUCCUGGACCUCUUGUGGCUCUUCAUGGAGGACUACGAGGUCCAGGAUUGCCUCAAGCAGUUGAUGAUGUCCCUGCUGCGGCUAUAUCGGUUCUCGCCCAUCGUUCCAGACCUGAGCCUGCAGAUCCACUACCUGCGGCUCACUAUCGCCAUCCUGAAGCACGAGAAGUCCCGCAAGUUUCUGCUUAGCAACGUCCUCUUCGAUGUGCUCCGUUCUGUAGUCUUCUUUUACAUCAAGAGCCCCCUGCGUGUGGAGGAGGCUGGCCUGCAGGAGCUCAUUCCUACCACCUGGUGGCCACACCGCUCCAGCAGAGAGGACAAAGAGAGCAAGGAGGUGAGGGAGGAGACUGCAGAGGAGCGGCUGCGGAGGCGUGCCUAUGAACGGGGCUGCCAAAGGCUCAAGAAGCGCAUCGAAGUGGUGGAAGAGCUACAGGUCCAGAUCCUGAAGCUACUAUUGAACAAUAAAGACAGCAAUGGGGGUGAAGCUUCUAGGUACAUCUUCUUAACCAAGUUCCGAAAGUUUCUGCAGGAGAACGCUAGCGGCCGGGGGAACAUGCCUAUGCUCUGCCCUCCCGAGUAUAUGGUCUGCUUCUUGCACCGGCUGAUCUCUGCCCUGCGCUAUUACUGGGAUGAAUAUAAGGCUUUGAACCCCAGCACUUCUUUCAGUGAGGAGGCCUACAUCCCACCUCAGAUCUUCUACAAUGGCAAAGUGGACUACUUUGACCUGCAGCGCCUGGGGGGCCUCCUCUCUCAUCUUCGGAAAACCCUCAAAGAUGACCUUGCCUCCAAGGCCAACAUCCUGAUUGACCCACAGGAACUCCAGGCAACCACCAUGGAUGACCUGGAUGAAGAUGAGGAGCCAGCCCCAGCUGCGGCCCAGCGCCCCAUGCAGGCCUUAGCUAUGGGGGGGGCUUUGCCCCUGCCCCGACCUGGCUGGCUCAGUUCCCCAACCCUGGGCCGAGCCAACCGCUUCCUCAGCACGGCGGCCAUGAGCCUCAUGACCCCACGGCGGCCUCUGAGCACCACGGAGAAAGUGAAGGUCCGCACACUGAGCGCAGAGCAGAGGACCCGCGAGGACAUCGAGGGCAGCCACUGGAAUGAGGGCCUGCUGCUGGGGCGGCCACCUGAAGAACCGGAGCAGCCCCUCACUGAGAACUCACUGCUGGAAAUCCUCGAUGGUGCCAUCAUGAUGUAUAACCUCAGUGUCCACCAGCAGCUGGGCAAGAUGGUGGGCGUGUCUGAUGAUGUCAAUGAGUAUGCGAUGGCUCUGAGGGACACAGAAGACAAACUCCGCCGGUGCCCCAAGUGGAGGAAAGACAUCCUUGCAGAGUUGACCAAGAGCCAGAAGGUUUUCUCAGAAAAGCUGGACCACCUGAGCCGCCGUCUUGCCUGGGUCCAUGCUACUCUCUACUCCCAGGAGAAGAUGUUAGACAUCUACUGGCUGCUGCGCAUCUGCCUGCGGACCAUCGAGCAUGGCGACCGCACAGGCUCUCUCUUUGCCUUCAUGCCUGAGUUCUACCUGAGUGUGGCCAUUAACAGCUAUAGUGCCCUCAAGAAUUACUUUGGCCCUGUGCACAGCAUGGAGGAGCUUCCAGGCUAUGAAGAGACCCUGACCCGCCUGGCCGCUAUCCUUGCCAAACAUUUUGCUGACACACGCAUCAUAGGCACUGAUAUCCGUGACUCAUUGAUGCAAGCUCUGGCCAGCUACGUGUGCUACCCACACUCCCUGCAGGCUGUGGAGCGGAUCCCUGAGGAGCAGCGCAUUGCCAUGGUGAAGAACCUCUUGGCGCCCUAUGAGCAACGGCCCUGGGCCCAGACCAACUGGAUCUUGGUGCGGCUCUGGAGGGGCUGUGGGUUCGGGUACCGCUAUACACGACUGCCACACCUCCUGAAAACCAAACCUGAAGAUGCUAAUCUGCCCAGCCUCCAGAAGCCCUGCCCCUCCACCCUGUUGCAGCAGCACAUGGCAGACCUGCUACGGCAGGGUUCUGACGUGGCACCCAGCUUCCUCAACAGUGUCCUCAACCAGCUCAACUGGGCCUUCUCAGAGUUCAUCGGCAUGAUCCAGGAGAUCCAGCAGGCAGCUGAACGCCUGGAGCGCAACUUCGUAGACAGCCGGCAACUCAAGGUAUGUGCCACCUGCUUUGACCUCUCGGUCAGUCUGCUGCGCGUCUUGGAGAUGACCAUCACCCUGGUGCCUGAGAUAUUCCUUGACUGGUCCCGGCCUACCUCUGAGAUGCUGCUGCGGCGUCUCGCGCAGCUGCUGAAUCAGGUGCUGAACCGGGUAACAGCUGAGAGGAACCUGUUUGACCGAGUGGUCACCCUGCGGCUGCCUGGCCUGGAGAGCGUGGACCACUACCCCAUCCUGGUAGCAGUGACGGGCAUCCUGGUACAGUUACUGGUGCAUGGCCCAGCUUCAUGGUCAGAGAGAGCCACUUCCGUGCUCCUGGCUGAUCCCUGCUUCCAGCUCCGCUCCAUAUGCUAUCUCCUGGGGCAGUUAGAGCCCCCAGCACCUGGCACUGCCCUGCCUGCCCCUGACCGGAAGCGCUUCUCCCUGCAGAGCUACACAGAUUAUAUCAGUGCCCAAGAGCUGGCCCAGGUGGAACAGAUGUUGGCGCACCUGACCUCUGCAUCUGCACAGGCAGCAGCUGCCACUCUGCCUACCAGUGAGGAAGACCUCUGCCCUAUCUGCUAUGCCCACCCCAUCUCUGCUGUGUUCCAGCCCUGCGGACACAAGUCCUGCAAAGCCUGCAUCGACCAGCACCUAAUGAACAAUAAGGACUGCUUCUUCUGCAAAGCCACCAUCGUGUCUGUGGAGGACUGGGAGAAAUCAACCAAUGCGAGUACCACCUCCUCAGCCGCCUAG